CCCGUCGAUGGCGGCCCCAGCGGGCCCUGCCGUGGCCGCCCGCGGCCCCCGCCGCUGUUAGGGAGCGGGCAGCUGGGCUGCGCCUUCGCCCCUUCGCCCACCGGCCCCCCCCGCCGCCGACAUGUCGCUGGCCAUGGAGGAGGAGGAGUAUUCCCGGCUGGUGAUGGAGUCGGAGCCCGAGUGGCUGCGGAGCGAGAUCAAGCGGCUCUUCCAGGAGCUGGGCGAGACCACCCGGGAGAAGAUCCAGGCGGCGGAGUACGGGCUCGCCGUGCUGGAGGAGAAGCAGCAGCUGAAGCAGCAGUACGAGGAGCUGGAGCUGGAGUACGAGACCAUCCGCACCGAGAUGGAGCAGCUGAAGGAGGCUUUUGGACAGGCCCAUACCAACCACAAGAAGGUAGCAGCAGAUGGAGAGAGCAGAGAGGAGACCUUGAUCCAGGAAUCAGCUACCAAAGAAGAAUACUACAUGAAGAAGGUUAUGGAGUUGCAGACAGAACUGAAGCAGAUCAGAAAUGUCCUUGCCAACACACAGUCUGAAAAUGAACGCCUUAAUUCUGUCUCACAGGAACUGAAGGAGGUCAACCAGAAUGUGGAGAUCCAAAGGGCCCGUCUGCGAGAUGAUAUUAAGGAAUAUAAAUUUCGAGAAGCACGCUUGCUGCAAGACUAUACUGAGCUAGAAGAGGAAAACAUCUGUCUCCAGAAACAAGUGUCUGUCCUGAAGCAAAAUCAGGUGGAGUUUGAAGGCCUGAAACAUGAAAUCAAAAGGCUUGAAGAGGAAACUGAGUUUCUCAACAGCCAGCUGGAAGAUGCCAUCCGCCUGAAGGAGAUCUCCGAGCGCCAGCUGGAGGAGGCCUUGGAGACGCUGAAGACGGAGCGGGAGCAGAAGAACAACCUUCGGAAGGAGCUGUCCCACUACAUGAACAUCAACGAUUCCAUGUACAACAGCCACCUGAACAUCUCUUUGGAUGGGCUGAAGUUCAGCGACGAAGCCACGGAGCCCAACAACGACGAAAUCAUGAACGGCUUUGAACAGAACUGCCUCAGCAAACUCAGCAACGGCAAGAACAGCACUUCAACGCCCAAGAAAAACGAAAGCUUCCCUCCGGCCCCAAGUCUGGUUUCAGAUCUUCUGAGUGAGUUAAACAUUUCUGAAAUCCAGAAGCUGAAACAGCAGCUCGUGCAGAUGGAAAGAGAAAAGGUAAACUUGUUAACAACGCUACAGGAAUCUCAGAAGCAGCUGGAAAAUACACGGGGGGCCCUCUCAGAGCAGCAUGAGAAAGUUGGCAGGCUCACUGAAAACCUGAAUGCCAUGAAGAAGCUCCAGGCCAGCAAGGAGCAUCAGUCUGCCCUUGACAACGAGAAGGACCGAGACAGCCACGAAGAUGGAGACUAUUAUGAGGUUGACAUCAAUGGGCCAGAGAUCCUGGAGUGCAAGUACAAGGUGGCCAUGGCAGAAACUACUGACCUAAAAGAAGAGCUCAAAAAUUUGAAGGCCAAAUAUAAAGAAUGUGAGUCUAAAUAUGAGGAAGAGAAGAGUAGAUAUGAGACCGAGAACCAAGCUCUCACUGAAAAGAUCACCUCGCUGGAAAAGUCAAGUAGGCAUGACAGAGAACAGGUGGCCAGGCUGGAGAAGGAGCUGAAGAAAGUCAGUGAUGUUGCUGGAGAAACACAGGGCAGCCUCAGCGUGGCCCAAGAUGAACUAGUCACCUUCAGUGAAGAGCUGGCCAAUUUAUACCACCAUGUCUGCAUGUGCAACAAUGAAACUCCAAACAGAGUGAUGCUGGACUACUACAAGGAAGGUAAAGGUGGGCGCAGUAGUCCAGAGGCCAAGGGAAGAAGGUCUCCCAUUCUUCUUUCUAAAGGGCUGUUAACUAUUGAGCUGGGAAAGGCAGAGAAUGGAAGUGGUGACAGCAGCCCAUCCCCGGUGUCAUCUCUGCCAUCCCCUGUGUCCGAUCCUCGGAAGGAGCCGAUGAACAUUUACAACCUGAUCGCCAUAAUUCGGGACCAGAUCAAACACCUGCAGGCUGCUGUGGACAGAACAACCGAGCUGUCCAGGCAGCGUGUCGCCACUCAAGAACUUGGGCCCGCCGUGGACAAGGACAAGGAAACCCUCAUGGAAGAAAUCCUGAAGCUGAAGUCCCUGCUGAGCACCAAGAGGGAACAGAUAGCAACUCUGAGAACUGUGCUGAAGGCCAACAAACAGACUGCAGAGGUAGCCCUUGCCAACUUAAAAAGCAAGUAUGAGAACGAGAAGGCGAUGGUUACAGAGACCAUGAUGAAGCUGCGAAAUGAGCUGAAGGCUUUGAAAGAAGACGCCGCCACCUUCUCUUCCCUGAGAGCAAUGUUUGCUACAAGGUGUGACGAGUACGUCACGCAGCUGGAUGAAAUGCAGCGGCAACUCGCGGCGGCCGAGGAUGAAAAGAAGACUCUGAACUCCUUGCUCCGGAUGGCAAUCCAGCAGAAACUGGCCUUGACCCAGCGCCUGGAGCACCUGGAGCUGGACCACGAGCAGUCCAAAAGGGUGCGCACAAAAUCCGCCUCCAAAGCCAAGGGCAGUAACCCCAGCGUAAGUCACAUUCGGUCCUGCGGAGACAGGGCUGAAGGGUCUGUCCUGAACAACCAGGUGUUCUAUAGUGAGAAAUAUAAAAUCUAUUGUGACUAGGACAGGUGUCUAGGAAAAAAAAAAAAUCAUAUUCUGCAUCUUAUUUUAUGCUGUAACUGUCAGCAUAAAUCCCCACUAUCUAACGUCGCAGUGAGUUGACUUGUACUAGUAUGUUGUGGAACCAGGUAAUACUGAUUGUAUUAUGGUGUUCUUAACUGUAACUAAUGCAUAAGUAUGGGGAUGCUAUUAACAAGUUAAUAGUGGAAAGGAACUAGCUUUUUCCACAAUUAACAUGUCUGGGUUUUGCUGUUUAUGGUUAAUGUUAAGAGUACACCCGAUAGAGUAUAUCUGGUGUUACUAGUUGUAGUUUGUAUAGCACAAAUGUGAUCCUUUCUCCAGGGUUGCAGCAUACUUCAGUAAAUGCUUUCACAGGCAGAAACAAACAGAAAACCUUCCUUGUUAUUGUGGCUUAUGAAGUGGUGAAAAGCAAACAUCAAAAUUAGAGAGUAUUUGGAAACUGGAAUCAAACAAUUUGCCUGUUGUGAGAGAUGUUAAAAAGUUGCUGUCGUAUCACCACUGACCAAAGUCCUAAAGCUUUUAUAGGCUAUAAAAGCUAGAAAAACACUUGGUAGGGUACAUUAUUUAUGCCCUGUUCCCCUCUUUUCAGAGGGAUAACCAGAAGAAACUUGCACAUUUAUAUUAAAAAUAUGCAAUAUUUUCCCCAUCUGAUAUAAAACUUAAAAGGUUUAAGAUUUGGGAUCCUACCUGGUACACAGUUCCACUUGAAGAAAUGAUGUCUUGAAAGGACCUUUGUGGUUUCAUGUUGCUCUUUGCAAGCAUAACACUUUGGAAAGAACCUGUUUGAGGUAUCACUGUAGCCACACAACAUGUAUGUGUAGAAUUGAUGUGACUAUGGUCUAGCAUUGUUGGUCACAAACAGCUUUCAGUAUUAACCUAACUAGGUAACAUUGCAGAGCUCUGAUCAUUUUUUUUAAGGUGCACAGAAGAUAUUGCAUUCCGUGUGCAAGCACGUGUUUCACAGGGCUCUACAUUAGAGGCACGGGAAAUUGAACCAGAUCAUCCUGCUAAGAAUGAUUUGUGAAGUAGCUUAGUAUACAUAUUAAUCUUUAAAAACAAAUAAACCUUUGUCUGCUUUUGAACUGUUAAGGGGCCUUUUUAGCCACUUAAUUACAGUAAGUUUGAUAGUCUAAAAGUGUACUUCAUAAUUGGUGCCUGCAUAAGAGAAAAAAAAGAUUGAAAACGUUGCUUCUAAAAUUGUGGAAAAUUUGUGGAGCGCCCUGCAAGGCACAGAUCUUUGUUUAACCCGGAGUUUCAAAGUGCCUAGCCUCAGACUUUUAUUUUAAUGUAAAGCCCUGUUCAUUUUGUACUCUGUUUCAAAGACUUUUGUAUGCCUGUAGUGUUACUAAAAAGCAGUCCCUAAAGCCAUUCUAACCCUGUGCUGUGGUUCUGCUCCUCUCCCCCGGCCCCGUAGAUGCUCAGCCCUUGCUCCCGCGCUGCCUCUGCGUAGUCAGGAGACAUCCCAGUGCUAACAGAAGGUAAUAAACAGCACAGCUGGCUUUCCCACUCGAGGGAAAACCACGUGAGAUUUUGGCUUCCCAGAUAUUUCAGGGUAUUGGAGGGGGGGGGGGGGAGAAGUCUUCUAAAAAUUCAUACAGUGAGACUUUAAACAAAUGGAACUUUGCUGCAAAGCUGGGAACCGUGGGAAUGCCACCACCCAGAGCCAGAAUUGUGUUUAUUGAUACGGAGAGGAGGAAAAAAAACCCAAGUGAUUCAGUUCUCAUAUGUUGCUCAAACAUCACUGCUUGGGAAGUUUAAACAAACUGCAAUUCUGGGUUUAGAAACUGGGCCCUGUGUGUCUGUUAUUACUUUUUUUUAGAAAACACUGAAUUCUCCUGAAUUUGAGCUUUAAUAUUGCUAAAUAGCAGGUUUGAUAUUUUAGAAGAGGCAUCUUUUACAAUUUUCAAUCCUGCUUUUCUCUUCUUUGCUGCACAAUCUUCCAAAAGGCCUUUAUUCUUCUCAUUCCUGCAUUAAGUACAUUUUAAAAAUACUUGGUGAAAGCAGGUGUUUGAGUGCUAACCUUCUCUGCUUCAAUAGACACAGUUACAAUUCUGCUUCCGCUAUGGUAGGGAGCUUUAAAACAGUUUUCACUGCUUCCAUGUCUCUAAUGACAGUAUUUUUGCAAAAUACUAAUGGCAAAAAGAUAAACUGGAGAAUGCACUGUUAGGUUGCAUAAUUGAAUGCAUUGUUAGGGUUUUUUUUUUUCAAAUUAUCUGGAAUUUUCUGUAAAGAUUUCGGUGUUACCAGAUAGGUGACUAUUGCUGUCAGACUGGGCUCAUUCUUUCAGUUCCAAGUAUGAACAGUUCUGCUAUUAGCCCAAUAACCUUAGUGGUCCUUUCCACCUUCAGUCAUUUCUGUGAAUCUUUUAAAAGCCACAAAAGCCAGCCUGGCUGCUCUUCGAGUCUGUCACCAUUAUGGUUCAUCCUGUUAGGAAAAGAACUGAGGGACAGUGUAAAGUGACUUGAUCCUGCUGUUUGUAUUUUUAGAGAAUAUUUAAGACUGAGUCUUUUAAUUCUUGAUUUUUUUUUUUUUGAGACAUUCAUUUGCUGUGUUAAGUCUUUCCUAUCAGUCUUAAUGGGUUGGGAUAAAGCAUGGAAAAUUCCUUAAGCCAUCACCUACCUCUGCGAGCAGGCUCCUUCUGGAUGGUUCUCUGCAUAGGCCUGCAUGACACACUGACCUGCAUGUUUCUGGAGAACCUAAAGCUUCACUGAAAACAUUUCCUGUGCACCCAUGGCUGUUAACUCGUGCUUGAACAGCAAAGCUUUAUUCAGUACUUGUAAGAAUCCUUCUUUCUGCAAAGCUGUUGCUUCCAGGCUGAGCCCAUAGAGCCUUGUUCACCCAGCUGGGAAGGUGGCCUGGCUGCUGCUCCCCCAGCCAGCUAACAGACCCUCAGCCAACUAACCUGCACAUAGGUUUGUGUUUUCAGUUCUUUUAAUUGAGAAAUAAACACUGAUAUUUUUUUUUUCUAAUGCUAUUUUAUUUUUCCAUUUUUCAGCUGUAGAGUAGUCCCUGGAGAAGGCCUUUCCAACAGUGCAACAGCAUUUCUUAGCCUUCCUCACUCUGGUUCAAAGUGGUGGCCCAUUGCAGAGUGGAAACCACUGACCUGAUCCUAACUUUUGAAAACACCUUUUCCUAUAUACUACCUGAAACCUUCCCUUUCUGCCUGAAGCUAUGAAAAACAAGCUUUACUUAUAAGUGCUGCUGCAGUAAGAAACCUUACAAGUGCUGAAGAAACCUACUUCAAAUGUAACCAUGUUAGUGUGUGCUCUCCUAGAAAUGUCGGAUGGGGGAAUUUAUUUCAUUGCAGAUGCUCAUUUUUUUUACCUGAUUGUUAAACCUGUGCACUUUUGAUAUUUUUCUUUAGCUUCUUUAAUUCCUUAUGUAGAAGAGUUUAUAUAAAUGCAGUGGUUUGUGCUCAUAGUCUCUCUCCAAUUUGGAACUUGUGAUUUAUGAAUUAUAUAUCAGCAUGUGGCAGAGAUUUUGGGGGGGCUCUAGAUUGUGAUUAGAAAAGAGUUUCAACAAAAAACAGGAGCUCUGCUAAACUAUGUGCUGUGCUUCAGCAUCUUUUUUUAUUAUUAUAAAAUGUUAAGCUUUAUAUGUUUAAAUUACUGAUUUUCUUUUUAACUGCCAUGUUCAUUAAGAAAUCCAGGGUAUUCAAAUUCUGGGGUUUUUUUCAUAUUGUAUUAUUAUUCUUAGGAAUAGUUCAAUGUAACAAGAAGAAAACUUGACUUUGUUCUGGUUAAAACAGUAAUAGGCACUUGAAAAAUAUUAAAUAAGUAGUAUUACCUAUAAAUUCCAGAAUUCCUGGGUUUUAGGAAGUUGAAGUAUUAUUGAUUAACAGAAUUUUAUACAACUAUACCAGUGAAAUUCCAAAUUGGAAUUGUUGUGUUACUUUUUCAUUUUAUUGUGCCAAAUUGUGGUACAUUUAGAAAGAAAAAUUCUAAAGUGGUCAAUGAUAGGGUGUUAUCUAUCAGCGCCUUUCUGUCACUCAUUAUUGCCAGUAGUGCCUUUGAUCAUUUGAAGGGAGACUCUUAGAGUAGCGUUGGGCCAAGUCCUGUCACUGAGGAGCAAUGAAAUGGCUGGGUUUGGAAUUUAUAUUAAAGAUGUGGAGCAAUAAGUGCAAAGUGAACUCCCCUUUCGCACAUUUUUAACGCUAGUCUUACUUAGAGAGAUUAUAUAUUCGAGGAAUUGUAAAAAAUUCUGUUAGUCAAUGAUAUUUCAUCGUGCAAAUUCAGGGGUAGAGAGAAACAAACAAACAAACAAACAACACCACGAAGCUAAACGAGCCCGACUGCGGGUCGGGAACCAAAUGGACUCACGCUGGACAGCUGAGUGGCGCAGGGGCACGGGAACCUCGCGGUCCUGGCGCUGUGCGGGCGCGGCACAUCCACAUCUCCUCUUGCAUGUUGUACCCAAGUGUGACUUCAGCAAACAGAAACGCUGGGGAAGCGCCUCAGCCAGCCCUGCUGGGCUUGUUGAGGCUCCUGGGAAUGAUUCAAUUGGUACUUUGCUGGAGGGGGAGGAGUCCUCCCGCUCCUCAAAAAAACAAAAAAAAAAGGACAAAUUGAACCAAUAUUGACGGCGCGGAAGAGAUUUCUGUUUGCUGGAAAAAGCAUUAUUAUUCCUAGAUGUGGGGACUUAUAUUUCCAUCUUCUGUUACAGUAUUGAUUCAUAAGAAAUAUUGUUGCAUUUAAAAGUACUACAUUUGUAUGUGGGUAUUUAUUUGAAAUGAUGUCAAAGUACUGUAUUAUGUUCUAUGUGCAUUACCUUUUAGUGGUGGGUUGGUCUCCAUUUAACGUCGUAUGCAUGUAAUCUUGCCAAGUAACCUUUACACAGAUCUGAGAAGAAAAAAAAAAGAAGUUAAAGAGAAAAUGUGAGAACUUCUUAAAAGGAUAACUGUGUGUUAAUUGGAUAACCUUAGGAGGGGGUAGAGGGCAAAAAACGUUGCUUCCAGAUUAAUCAAACAGUGUUUAAUGUAGGAAGGCAAUGUGCCUGCGUAAAGGUGGUCACAUUGGCAGGAGCAAUAAAA